UUGGCCAAUGGAAAGAGUUUGUUUGCAAAGUGGGUCGGACUGUUCCACGGCAGCUGUGAAACCAGGUGAACAUGAUGCAACAUCUCCUCGAGGUUGUUCCAUGGCAGAAGAAUGGGGAGGUGCUGACUGAGGUCCCAGCAGAUGUUUUCACUCCUUCUCUUUCUGCUGAUUCUCUCCUGAACACCUCUAAUUCAAACCUCUUGCAAAGUCCAGCUGUGGGUCCUCGUCAUGUUUCAGAUGUGUCGCGUGGUUUAAGGCACACACAAUCCACUAACAAGCAUGUGCACAGGCAUGCAACCUCGCAGACACAUAGAAACCCAAUAGUUAGUUCCUGCGUCAUUACAGUAGCCAUCUGUCAGUAUGCAGGCUCACAUACAACGACUUGGCUGUGUGUAUGCAUCCAGGAACACACACACACACACACACACACAGCCACAUUGCACAUGCACACACAUUUAGCCUAGAAGUAUGUCAUGCUGCCGACCCUCUCUGCCCUUCUCGCCCUGCUAGAUGUCUGAUGGACUUCGCAUCAAGCAUUGGAUUUACGUGGAUCAAUCUAAGAGGUACCAAGUAGGACCAGAGUUUCCAUUUUGGAUAAGGUGUUGGGGAGGGCUGCAAACACACGCACUCGCACUUCUCCGAGCCGCGACAAGUCAAGGUGAAUGCCGCCAUGCCAUUUGGGUGCCUUGCCCUGCGAGAUGGGCGGACUUACGAUAGCAUGUCUGAUGUCACAGACAAAUAUGAGAUUGGACAGGUCCUCCGAGCGAAGGAGUUCUGCGAGCUGUGCCUGGCAAAGGACAGACAGACAGACAAGGUGUUUGUCUGCAAGAAAUUCCUCAAGAAGGACGGCAGGAAAGUCCGCAAGGCUGCCAAGAACGAAAUCAUGAUCCUGAAAUUGGUCAACCACCCAAACAUCCUUCAGCUGAUAGACACAUUUGAGACUCGUAAAGAAUACUUCAUCAUCCAGGAACUUGCCACAGGAGGAGAUGUAUUCGACUGGAUUCUGGACCAAGGGAAUUACACUGAGAGAGACGCAUCCAAUGUCAUCAGACAGGUCCUGGAGGCUGUGGCAUACUUACACUCCCUCAACAUAGUUCACAGGAACCUGAAGCUGGAAAACCUGAUGUACUACACAGAAAACAACCACAACAGAGUGGUUCUACGAGAUUUCUACCUGUCCAGAUUUGAGAACGGACCCAUCACAGAACCUUGUGGAACACCUGAAUACCUUGCUCCCGAAGUGGUGGCCCGUCACCGAUACGGUCGUCCUGUGGACUGCUGGGCUGUGGGUGUUAUCAUGUUCAUACUCUUGUCAGGUAACCCUCCUUUUUAUGAUGAGACAGAGGAGGAGAACACAGAUCUACAUAACCGCAUCAUCUUCUGUCGCAUUGUUGCUGGUGACUUUGAGUUUGAUUCACCGUAUUGGGAUGAUAUUUCACCUGCAGCUAAGGAGCUUGUCUGUCGACUCAUGGAGGUGGAUCAGAUGCUGAGAAUCACUGCGCAGGAUGCACUUUGGCACGAAUGGAUUGCAGGAAAUGGUGCGUCAGAGAAGAACUUAAAGGAUGGUGUGUGUGCCCAGUUUGAGAAGAACUUUGCCAAAGCGAAAUGGCGGAAAGCAAUCCGUGUCACCACCUUCAUGCAGCGCUUGAAGAAUUCAGAGGCACUGAUUGACAGCUCAGCUGAGGCUCAGGGCAGUGAAGAAGCAGGAGAAGGUGAAGGGGGUGUUUCCCAGGGAACAAGUGAUGAGGGAGACAAAGGAACAAGCGAUGGAGGGGUGACGUCAAGUAGCGUGUCUUUAGAGGUUACUGUUGAAAACACACCACCAGAUAUGGACCAGGAUGAAGGGAGGGGUAAGGUUGGAGAAAUACAGGGUGAGGUAAAGACUAACAUAGGUCCAUCUGUAGGAACUUCCCCAUCAGACCUUCAGGGCCCUCUCUGUCAGCAAAGCCAAUCGACUGCGACCUCAAAACUCGCACAGGAGCAGGCUGAUAAGGUUGGUGGAAAGAAAGCACCGGGUGACACAACCAGGAAAAUGGCAGCCAAUUUGGGUCAACAUAAAGUUGUUCCAGAAUCCAAAUCUCCCGUGAUGGCACAUGACCCUUCCAAGCUGUCAGACAGUUCAUCAAGCACUAACUCUGAUAAAAAACACACAUCCACCUGUUCUGAUCCAAGCAGCAAACGUAAGAUGGCUGCAACGCUCCAUGGCCCUCUACCUACAGGCUCUGCUGCUGUAACAGCCUCACCAGAGAAGAGGCCAGCCAUGCAGAGACAGCAGAAGGAUGAGACUGAUGGAAGCUGGUGUCAGACACAAGUACCUGAGGCAGUGGCAGAGAGGUCAGCGGCAGUCCUUCCAGCAAUAGGGCCUGGAGCUGGAGUGGAUGUGGGACUAGGAGUUAGAUUAAGGGGUGAUGCUAGCCCUGUGGGUAGAAGGGAUAGGGAUGCAAGGAGAACCGAUAGACACAGUGCUGAGUUUAGCAUAACAAGGGUGGGUUCUGCGACAGGACAGGGUUGCUAUGCAGUAGGCAGUUCUGCUAGUUUGGGCCGUCAUGCCACACCGUACAACCCAGAUGUUGGGACUGUAGGGAUGGGGAUAGCAGGGAGCUAUGGGAGUCCAUACAGUUCCCUGUAUACAGGUGGAGGAGGGGUAGGGAUGUACGGAACUGGGUUACAGCCUGGAGGAGGUGGAGGCAGCACUACCAGUGACUGGCAAAUGGACAGUGUGAUCGAGCAGAUAGAAAAACAAAUGGUUGCCGUGCUGGAGAAGAUUGAGGGAGACAUGCCUUCGCUGCUAGAGCAAAUCAGUGACUGCCCCGCUGAACCACUACGUGCCCGAAGCACACACGCCUCGCCUGCCACCUCACGUGCACGCUCCUCACAACAGUCCUCAACUGUAACCUCAGCCACUCCUCCGCCUCUUCCAACCUCUCCCAGGCCUACCCUGCCAUCUCUCCCUCGUCUUAAUAUCCCUCCUCCCUCCUACCCCCCACCCUCUCCACCCUCACAGUCUUCACCCCAGGCUACAGUAGAGCAAGAAGACAGGGAAGGACAGAGGGAUACUGUUCGUUCGAGACAGUCCCCCCGAGCAGGGAUGGGCAGAGGGCUAUGAAGCAGGUGUGCAUGAUGCCAUACACAACACCUGGAACAUUGGAUUUGGGUUUUAAAUUGAGGGUUUUAACAUUCUGUUUCACCUAGAAGUACCAUCCACUUAAAAGUAUCCAUGCAGUGUUGUUUGGUUUGGAAGUGUGUUAAGAUUGAAAAUACUGGUAAAAAGAAAUCUCCCUAUGACAUUCAAAUACUCUCAUGACUGGAUAAUGUCUGGAACAGUAUACUAUAUCUCUCUCCAUAAGAUCUGCAAAGAGAAAGAUUGAAAAGUUUGUUUGCACCUCAAAUCCAGAUUGUACACACGAAUGCUCACCACACAACCUCCUCAUACUGGAAUCCAGGCACUCAGUGCAAUUUGCAAAUUAUGAAUCUACAAAAGUAAGAACAUUGUGGUAAAAUUAUCAGCUCUUAGUAAGACUUAACAGCUGAAGUGUUAUGAUUUGCAGUAUUCCCUACAAACUGUAAAUACAUACAAAGAACUGAGUUCCUAUCUCUUGCUCUACUCCCAUAUUUUAUACUUCCUCAUAUCCAAAGUGACACUUUUUCAUAUCGCAUUACAUUCAUUUAGCAGAUGCUUUUAUCCAAAACAACUAACAAAAAGUGCAUUCAACCAUGAAUAUACAUCCUAAAAAUAAAAAAAUUGUGUGAGUACAUAAAAUUCCUUGGACAAACUGACUGCUUCAAAUCAUCCUAUUGCAUUAUUUUUUGUUCCUUUUUAUUUAUGUAGCUAUUUAAUCUAUACGAGCUGCAAAAUAUUAAACUCCCCACAGUUGUACAGAAGUAUGUGAGAUUCAACUGAUCAAGCUUCCACUGGCUUGGAGACUUGGAUUUGUUUUGUUAAACUUUAACUAUCACUCCAACGUUUCUCCACAGCUGUUGGAGAGCUGGGGGAAAUCUGUUGAUGCACGAUAUUGUAUAAAAGCUUUGCACUGACACACACACAUACACACACACACACACACACACUCAUGCACACACUUCCUCUUCUUUUUUUUCAAAGUUCUCCAAAAGUUUUGUCCAGAGAGUUUGUUAUUAUUCUUCUCCAGUUUUGUCAACACAUUCACUUGGUACUGUUAACUGGAUAGUACUGUCUAUAUUUACUCCUUUUUAUCAUGUAAAAGAAGUCUUUCAGAAUUUCAUUCACUUUUGGAUCUAUGUAAUACCAGAUUCUGUGCUUUUCUCCUAAACAAGUCUAGACACCCGCUAUUCUGUCCCUAUGUAAGUUGUGCUGUUUGCAAGUCUUUCAAUAAAAGUACAAAAUCUAG